AAACAAAGAGCAAAGCUGCUCAGCUAUAGUUUCCAAACAGGAAAAUCAGAGAGAGAGAUUGCGGUAACUAGGAUGGGGAGAGGCAAGAUUGUGAUCCGAAGGAUUGACAAUUCCACGAGCAGGCAAGUGACGUUUUCCAAGCGAAGAAAUGGGCUGCUGAAGAAGGCUAAGGAGCUUUCAAUUCUCUGUGAUGCUGAGGUUGGCUUGAUCAUCUUCUCCAGCACUGGCAGGCUCUAUGAUUAUGCUAGUACUAGCAUGAAAUCAGUUAUUGAUCGCUAUAACAAGCUCAAAGAGGAACAUCAUCAACUCUUGAAUCCUGCUUCUGAAAUCAAGUUUUGGCAAAGGGAAGCAGCAAGCUUGAGGCAACAAUUGCAGUACUUGCAAGAAUCUCACAGGCAAUUGAUGGGUGAAGAACUAUCUGGAUUGAGCGCCAAAGAUCUACAGAACCUGGAAAGCAAACUGGACAUGAGUUUGAAAGGUGUCCGGUUGAAAAAGCUAUUACAUGAAGAAAUAAAAGACCAGAACCAGAAGGGAAAUCUCAUACAUCAAGAGAACAUAGAACUGUAUAAGAAGCUAGACUUCAUAGGUAAAGAGAAUGCCGAACUCCAAAGAAAGGCCUAUGGAACAAGGGAUGUGAAUGAAGAACACAGAGGCUCUGAACCCCCAUUUGCCAUUACUAAUGGAUUUCAGUUGCAUGCACCCAUCCAUGUCCAGCUAAGCCAGCCACAUAAUCAAACUGAUCAGCCACAGAACAAUAAUGCUCCAGCAAAUGCAAUCAAACUGGGAUUGCACCUGCAUUAGCAUGGUUGAGUCACCAUUAAUUCAGCUAUCAAAUUGUACUACGUCAAAGUCAAUCUUAUAGAACUGAUCGAGAUGGCACAGUUAUAGUAAAAUGGAUCUAGCAGAAGGGGGCGGCCUAAGCGCUUUCAUAUGAAAUGUUCAUGAAACAAACAUUUCCUUCAAUUUGUGUACAAGAACUAGACAAAUUAAGCAGGGAGUGUAAAUUUGUGCAAUAAUUGGAAGUAAUAGUGUGUGUUGAUUUUUCCUGUAUUAAGGAUGUA